CGAGAGUCGGUGGAGCGCGGGAGGAGGAGGGCGCAGCGAGAGGACGGUCGGCCGCUGAUUCUGCUGUCCGGAGGUGAGAAUUAUUUGUACAAUGUCACAGUCUUCAGACAAGUUCAAGAUGUUGCAACAGCAACAGCUACUACAGCAACAACAAGCACAGCAGCAGCAGCAAGCUCAGUUCACAAAUCCUGAAACUCCUGGGUAUGUGGGAUUUGCAAAUCUUCCAAACCAAGUACAUCGCAAGUCUGUGAAGAAAGGAUUUGAAUUCACACUCAUGGUAGUUGGUGAGUCUGGUCUGGGAAAGUCAACACUCAUUAACAGCCUAUUUCUGACUGACCUCUACCCAGAAAGAAUUAUUCCAGGAGCUGCAGAGAAAAUUGAAAGAACUGUCCAAAUUGAGGCUUCUACUGUAGAGAUUGAAGAACGUGGAGUAAAGCUGCGUCUGACUGUGGUUGACACACCAGGAUAUGGAGAUGCCAUAAAUAGUCAGGACUGCUUUAAGACAAUUAUUUCUUAUGUCGAUGAGCAGUUUGAACGCUAUCUACAUGAUGAAAGUGGAUUGAACAGACGUCAUAUUGUUGAUAACCGGGUCCACUGCUGCUUUUAUUUCAUCUCGCCUUUUGGCCAUGGACUGAAGCCUCUGGAUGUGGAGUUCAUGAAGGCUAUACACAAUAAAGUAAAUGUUGUUCCUGUCAUCGCCAAGGCAGACACCCUUACACUGAAGGAAAGAGAGAGACUCAAAAGAAGGAUCCUUGAUGAGAUUGAGGAACACGGUAUUAGGAUUUACCACCUGCCUGAUGCAGAAUCUGAUGAAGAUGAAGAUUUCAAGGAACAAACGCGAGUUCUUAAGACCAGUAUCCCUUUUGCUGUUGUUGGAUCAAAUCAGUUGAUUGAGGCAAAAGGUAAAAAGGUCCGAGGACGUUUGUAUCCAUGGGGAGUGGUGGAAGUGGAGAACCCAGAGCACAACGACUUUCUGAAGCUGAGAACAAUGUUAAUAACACACAUGCAGGAUCUUCAGGAGGUGACCCAGGAUCUUCACUAUGAAAGCUUCCGCUCAGAACGUCUCAAGCAGGGUGGCAGGAAAGGGGAAGAACAACCUCAGGAUAAGGACCAAAUCCUACUGGAAAAGGAGGCUGAGUUACGCCGCAUGCAACAGAUGAUUGCCCAGAUGCAGGCUCAAAUGCAGAUGCAAAUGCAGAAACCAGGUGGAGAAGGAGACUCCAGUCAGCAUGCCUAAACUGAAGAGCAAAUAAUGAGAAGUUCCACCGCCUUGAAGCAGUGGUGAAGGAGGAUUUGAAGUCUAGAGAAUGUGGUCCUGGUAGCAUGUGGUGGCAGCUGAUUCAAGUGCUUAUAGUUCACAUUGCAGUGUUGUAACCUUAUUUCUGCAAUUUUUUUGAAGUUAUUCUCACUUUUUAUUAUAUAUUAUAAUUUUAGCAUUGUCCACAUUUCUUGAUGAUUUUAUACCAAUGUAUCUUUCAUAAAGUUAAAGCUUUCCACAGCUUGGUAAAAGUAUUUACAACACAGUUUAAGGGUGUAAAAGCCACUAGUAUUGGAACAUUUUUGAUUAUAAAGGAAUUAUAAUCAAUACUGUUGGUACAACUAGCUGCUUUCAUAAGUUUGGGAGGACUAAACCAAGAUUUGAUGCCAGUCCAUAUAUAACAGUAGAUGCUGGUUAUGUCAAAAUUGGUUGAAAGCUUCACUGUUUAACUGUUCUUGUCUAAUUUGUCACUAAAGGUAGCUUGGAACCUUUUAAAUUGUGGAGGUAGAGCACAAUAGUUUUACCUUCUAACCAUGCUGCAGGUCGCUGUAUGCUUUUUAAGAGGAAAAAAAUGACCUUGAUGUUAUAUUGUCCCUCAUCUUUACUUGGAACAGAAAAUCCUCAGAGGUAUGAUAGGUUAAUUAAAGGCCAAUUUGGUGCCUUUUAGAUCAGUGCUCAUGAAUUGCUGCUACUUUGUUCUGAAGCAUAUACUGUCUAUAUGAGCCUGAUUUGGAGGCUUUAGGCCAUGAUUCAGUUAGGCAGGCAAUGGUUUAAGCAUAUCUCCAUGUUCGGUCUUAAUUUAUUUCAUCUUGAUAUUGCAGUUCUGCAGUUUCUUUUUUUUAAACUUUAUUAGAGGUUAUUGUGCUGUAAUGAUGUGGAGAAUAAGGACAGAAGCUGCAUCUCUACAAUUAGCAUGCUAAAACUACAGUCAAUGUGUAGUCUUAAAAUGUAAGUAAGUCAUUUGAGAACUUUAAAUAUGUUUUUGGUAAUACUUAAAUUAAAUUUUAAUAACUGAAGAUUGUCUGCAUGAUCCUGUAAUCCGGAGGAAUAAUUUUGCUAUUAAUUUUCUCGCUGGUACAUUUUUCAAUCUAAUUCCUUCCAGCGAUGUUUUCACAGUGAAGCAAUUGUUUUCCAAGUGGUGGUGUUAUAACUUUCAGAGCUGGGCAGCAACACUGUCAUAGUAUUGUCAGUACAGUUACAAUUUAAUUCCGUUUUCGCAUUGUUUCUGGAAAUGAUAUACUUCUGAUCCCAUUGUGCAGUACAGCUUCAACCAUUUCUUUUGUAGCUUCAUUAUAUUAAGAAUUUGUCCAUGAAAUAUCAUUUUUUUUAAUCACUUGAUGAAACAAAGUAUAUGUACCAUCUUCAAGUACGAUAAGCAUGACCAUUGUUCACUACUGUGGAACUGCUCCUGUUAUGAUUUGUAGAAGAGUAUAUCUUUGCAACAAAACUAGUAUAGAGUCAUGGAGUAAUAUAACAUGGAAACAAGCCUUUCAGUCCAACUGAUCCGUGCUGACCCACAGCCUCCUUCCUGCUAGUCCUAGUUGCCUGCAUUUGGCCCACAGCCCUCUGAGUUCUUCCCUUCAAAUGCCUCUUAAAUAUUGCAGUUGUACCUGCCUCAGCCACUAGUAGCUGUUGAUUGAUCCUGUCAGCCAGCUCUGAGUGAUUCUGGGAUGAUCUUCAUUCUGGGAUGUUUUCAUUGUAGGAUUAAAAGAUAUUGGUCAGCAUCAAAAUAUCAGACCUUAAAGUGGUCUUUUCUACUUUUCAACUAGAAAUUGUUACUUUCAAAAUAAUUCAUUGGCAUUUCAGAAUUAACAUAGUGCAUAUUAUUCAACUGAUGUAUUUUGGUGAUCAGUGACAGGUUCUUGCCUGAGGGUGCUCGAUAGCUGUUGGUUUCUUUAUUUGCAGACUGGGUGUAUUUGGAUGUGUUCACAACUUAUUAUCUACAGAUUCAGAUGCUUCAAAUACAUUGAUGUCUGAAUGAUUGCAGUAUUUAGCAGAUGAGAGUAUUAGACUUUUGAAGCUUGGAGGUUUUUUCAGUGCUAAUUCCUGAAUGCUGGAAAGUACAUGAAUUGUAAAUCAUGAAUUUGGAAGAAAUUUGUCUGAAUCUCUUUAUAAAGUGUACCUCCUGAAUUCAUUCCACUGAAAUAGAUUGGGAAUUAAGGGAAUAAACUUGCUUUUCAGUUUUGUUGAAUUGUGGGUUAUGCAGGGUUUAGACAUACGUCCAUACUAAAAUAUUUGGGACUUUUAUAUCACCAGAUUUGUAGAAAUUUACAUUAGGAAAGUAAUAUUUGCUACAAUAUCCAUGCAUGAGGAAAAAGCUAUUUUAGGCUGAUUUUAUUUUGUGCCUAUAGUUUUAGGGUACUUCAUGUGCUCAUUCAGUUUUUUAAAGUAUUAUGAGGAUUUUUCAGUCACUAUCCAACUUUGACUUCAAACUUUGAAAAUUCCUUUCUAAUUCUACCAAUUUACUAGAAUUUUACACCACAGUAUUUGAAUGGUUUUGUCAGAGGCAGUAGGUUUUCCCUUAUCCUUGUUCAGGGCUUUUAGAAUUUAAUCUUGAUUGAAGUUUCUUUAUGCAGUCUUUUGUAAUAAUUAAAAUUGUUUAGCUCUGGCAUGUGCUGUUUGUUUUCCCAUGAUCAUCAACAUGAUACUAUGGUGCAAAUAUAGUGACUAGAAUUACACUCUGUAUUCCGAGCUGUCUAGUGUUUUAUACAGUUACAGCAUAACUUUCCCUCAUAAUACAUGCUUCAGGCAGUGGGUACUGUAUGUCUUAAUUACCUAACUUGGUACUUCUGGAGAUCUGUUGACAUACUCUAAAUUCCUUUGUUCCUCGAUGGUGGACAGCAUACUUUUAAUUUGCAUUCACAAGUGCAUUGUAAAUCUUGAUGUUAAGCUAGAUUUAUUAAUUGAGUAACCAGAAGUGCUAAAAGAUGAAAUUCCAAGGAUUGAUCAGAUUGGAUGCUUCCCACUUUGUUGGAAUGGUUAAAUACUCCUGUACGAAGAGCACUAGGAGGUGGGAGGGCAACAGUUCAGAUCCACAAAUUUGAUGAUUAACAGUUGAUGCCUACCACUCAGGAGUCUAAGGUAUGGAUAGGUGUCACAGUGGAAACUUAGCUUAAAGAAGUUCAUGUUGCCAUGUUUGAAAUCUAGCGAAGCGUGUGCAGUGAGGAGUCUGUUACUGUAAGAAAUAUAUUUAUCCUUUUGAUGGUGCAUUAUCAGAUCUUUGACAAAUGAGUUGUCUUGGCAAGUCAAAUAAAUGUUAAAAAAACAGCAUUAUAAAUCUACUAUCUCUUUUGAAUUCCACACACUUAAAAAUGCAGUCCUAUAUGUUUAAGUCCAUAAGGUUUAUUAAAUUUUACUUUUAUAUUUGUGUAAUCCUUUUUGUUUAACCAGCUAAUUGCAUAGCUGCUUGAAAACCAAACUGUACUGUAAAUGAAAUAAAUACAAAAAAUGCUGGACAUGCAGGUCCAGCAUCUAAUGAAAGAGAAAACAGUAAUGCUUCAGAUCUGGGACCUUUCAACAGAAAAGAGUCCCAGACCUGAAAUUGUAAAAAAUUAUUAUCAAGAUAUUCUGACUGAGAAUUUGGUUAAAUUAGGAAGUCAACUGCAGCUUGUACCAACAUCUGACAUGCUGUAAACUUGAUAAGAUGCUUACAGUUGCAGAAGUAGCCAAAUUGUAUUGGUUGAGCAGAGGAAGGAGGAAUUUACCACAACCUUCCCUAUUACUCUAAGACUGGCAUAGAUCUAGAAACUCAACUAUUUUUGUACAGUAUUUGAAAAGUAUUAAAUAGGUGAAGAUGUACCUAUUCACAUUUCACAAUUCACAUUUCAAAGUGUCAUCUUUGGAUAUCAGUCUCCAUAUAGCACCCAGUCUAUGCACAUUUCUCAAUCAACGGUUGAAAUCAAUUUUAUUGAAGCUUUUAAUGUGUAUUGGUGUGGAACACACUGCCUUAGAAAGUCGACCUUUCUUUUUGGUGCCAUAAGUUAAUGUGUAACUUGUGAAACAAGAUGAACCUUCAUACUUUGUUGCCUGGCUCUUAUGCUAUUUCAGAUUGUUUUGUCCUUUAAUUUUAGGUAUGAGGGAUUGGGAUUAAAAUCCUGUGUAGUAGUAUACAGAUGACCCUUGUGCUACAGGGAGGUUGCAUUCUUUGAAAAUGGUUUCCAUAACUUGAAGCAGCACCAUCUGUCUGCUCAUGUAUUAAGAAAUGAGUUAAUAAAUUAUUUAUUUACUUUGUCAUAAACUCUAUUAAUGAAUUGUGCUCAAAUUUCUGAUAGUGAUUUCUGAAUCCAGUAAGGGCAAAUUUAUGUAACCCAGAUGGCUGUAACUUGUGGGUUGCCCGUACCAGCUAAAUAUUUAAAAAAGGGAAGGCCUGGAUACAAUAUUUCUGUAAUAAUAGAAGUUACUUCCAUUUAAUGUGGAGGCGGUUCAUGUGGAGAGUGUGUGUUUUCUGACAACUUUUUUGUACUUUCAUGCUGAUGUACUUGUGACCCGUUUAUAAAGCUUUUAUACUGCCGUAAUACUGAUGAGACUGUUAUUUUUGUUUUUUAAAAUGUAAAAUUUUAGGCAUUUUUGAACUGUUAACCAUUUCAGUAUUACCUAGUUACCAUGUUGGAAUUCUCUGGAAUGUUUUUGGUGAUCCAGGAUUCUGUCAGUGCUCUGACAUAUGGAUCAGGAAAUCUAUUGACGUAAUGGAAGAUGAAGCAGCAAUAAUAAAACAUAGGCUUGUAUAACUGUU